UGUUUAGGGGAAAUAUCUAAAUUAAAAACACAUUAGUUCAUUUUAAACGAUAAAUACUUGUUCCCGGGUCUUGUUUAUGAGGUGUCGCUUGUUUGUGAGUCAUCUUUCGGUUGCUUCUUGUCAGCUGGCCGGAAUUCACUAUGGACGUUGAGGCGGACGGCUCGGUGGCGCUGUCAGAGGAGCCCGGUAGACGGCGGAGGGUGCACGGCAUGCUGAAGCUCUACUACGGGCUGAACGAGGAGGGAAAGGCCCCGGACCAUCCACAGUCUCUGGAUCCCUGCGACAUCAAUGGGCCGCAUUUUGACCCAGAACUCUACCUCAACAAGCUUAGAAGGGAGUGCUCUCUCGCUGAGUUAAUGGACCAUGAGACCUGCAUGGUGAAGCAGAUCCGCUCCUUGGACAGCGACAUGCAGACCCUAGUGUAUGAAAACUACAACAAGUUCAUAUCUGCUACAGACACCAUAAGAAAGAUGAAGAAUGAUUUCAAAAAGAUGGAAGAUGAAAUGGACUGCCUGUCCGCCAACAUGGCAGCGAUCACUGACUUUAGUGCGAGCAUCAGCGGCACUCUUCAAGACCAGCAUGCACAGAUUACAAAACUCUCGGGGGUCCACGCUCUACUGAGGAAGCUCCAGUUUCUGUUUGAGCUGCCUGCUCGAUUGAAUAAGUGUUUGGAGCUGCAGGCCUAUGCUCAGGCGGUGAGCUUCCACCGGCGUGCCCGCUGUGUGCUGCAGCAGUACAGCCACCUGCCCUCCUUCAAGGGGAUUCAGGAUGACUGUCACGCCAUCAUGGAGAAGCUGGCUCAGAAGCUGCGACAGAAAUUCAGGGAUGGUGGGACAAGUUCCAAAGAUCUGUCUGAGUGUGUGGAGCUCCUUCUUCAGCUGGACGAGCCGGCAGAGGAGCUCUGUGAUAAAUUCCUGAACCAUGCCCGGUCUCGACUCGAAUUAGACCUCCAGGGACUAGAGGCAGAGAUAAAACCAUACGUGUCUGCUGUGAAAGAAGCUUCUGCUCACAGGUUAUCCACUACAGCUUCUGCAGGAUCUCUAACUGAUAAUUCUCCUAAAACAAGCUUUCUGCCUUCUCCCACCUCAAACACUGACAUCCUGGAAUUCAUAGACCGAGGCUGCAAUGAGUUUGUUAGCAGCUUAUGUUUAGUCAUUACAUCCUAUCAAGAACUAUUCAUCAACCACGCUCAGACCGGGGAACUCGCAUCAAAGAAUAUUCCUCAGAUGGCAAAUGGCAAACUCCACUCCUUCGUGGAUGAUCUAACUGACAGGUAUUUCUCGCUUGUCGAGAGGCGAAUACAAGAGGAGAAAGGAGUUGGAGAUAACUCCCUCCUGGUUCGCGCACUCGAUCGCUUCCACCGCAGACUUCAGGCGGUGGCCAAGCUGCUGCCGGGCUCGACUGUGCCCAACAAGGGGACGGAGAUUGUGGUACGAGCAGCGACGGAGCGAGUGAAGCAGUACCUCUCUGCUCUGCAGAGCUUCUACAUGGACUGCCUGACGGACGUCAGACAGGCCUUGGCUACACCUCGUCUCUCUGUGGCUGGAGGUGGAGCUCACCUAGGUGGGCCUGCAUCUGGGAGAGAUGUUCCAACCAGCCUCCCUGAGCUGCUCUCUUCUCUGUCAGCUUUAAUCCUCAACCAGAUUAAGUCAGUGCUCGCUUCAGUGCAUCUCUUCACAGCUAAAGACAUUACAUUCUCUAACAAACCGUACUUCAAGGGGGAGUUCUGUAGCCAGGGUGUACGGGAGAGUCUGGUGGUGAGCUUCAUCAAGUUUGUGUGCCAGUCUUCUCGCCAGUUUUGUGAGAGCGCAGGAGACAAAGGAGGUUCCACUCCCCCGGCCCUUCUGUUGCUGUUGUCUCGUCUCUGCUUGGAUUUUGAAACCUCCACUAUCUCCUACAUACUCAUACUGACAGAUGAACAAUUUCUUGUGCAGCACCAGAGUCCUGUAACACCAGUCACAACUUUAUGUGCAGAAGCCAGAGAGGCAGCACAGAAACUACUCAACCAUUAUGUCAAGGUCCAGGGUCUCAUCAUCUCCCAGAUGUUAAGAAAGAGCGUUGAAACUCGUGACUGGGUUAACACUAUUGAGCCACGAAACGUCCGCGCUGUGAUGAAGAGAGUAGUGGAGGAUACAACCUCGAUAGAUGUGCAGGUGGGCCUUUUGUACGAAGAAGGUGUGAGAAAGGCACACAGCAGCGACUCCAGCAAAAGGACCUUUUCUGUCUACAGCAGCUCCAGGCAGCAAGCCCGCUACGCUGCUAGCUACACUCCAAGCGCUCCCAUGGAUACCAACCUGCUGAGCAACAUUCACAAGCUGUUCUCUGAGAGGAUUGACAUCUUCAGCUCUGUAGAGUUCAACAAGGUCUCUGUGAUGACAGGAAUUAUCAAAAUCAGUUUGAAGACCUUCCUUGAAUGCGUCCGUCUGCGUACAUUUGGCCGAUAUGGCCUGCAGCAGAUCCAGGUGGACUGCCACUACCUGCAAAUGUACCUGUGGCGCUUUGUAUCUGACGAGAAUCUAGUGCAUUUCCUGUUGGAUGAGAUUGUGGGAAGCUCCGCCCAUCGCUGCCUGGACCCUUCUCCAAUGGAGCAGAGUGUCAUUGAAGUCAUCUGUGAAAGAGGGUAAAGCCUAGUCUGGUACUUGAGACAACUUGACAUCACAUAUUAAAGCAAACAUUCAGUUUGGGACCAUUUUGUACCCAUAAACGUGUGAAAUAUCGGUGAAAGGAUUAUAAAUAAGUCUUAGCCUGGAUGAACAAGUACGACAGACAACUGUCAUUUUGUCAAGAACUCCAAAUUCUUCACUAACUCUUAUUUACAUUCCGUGCACUUGUUAUUCAAUCAUUA